UAUUUUUCAGUUCUCAGCAAAGACUACAAUCGAGAUCAAGGCGAAGAUAAUGAAUGGUCCUCACCCAUCUCUCACAGAGCCAUUUUCACCAGAGCUUUGUGAACUAUUGAGUGAUAUGUUAAAUAAAGACCCUCAACCAAGACCAACAGCCAGCGAGAUCCUGGGGCGUCCUUUCAUUCAAAACUGUGUCUCAAAAAAGUGCAAAACAACGGUGGAGGAACUCCAGACCAAGUUGGACAAGCUAAGGGAAGUGGCUGACAAUUUGGAACGCGUGCAUGUAGGCACCACCAUCGCCAGUCUGACAGGAGGAGUGAUUGGAGCAAUAGGAGGGAUUACAUCCAUAGUGGGCCUUGUACUGUCUCCUCUCACUUUUGGAGCCUCUCUUAUUGUCACUGGGGUUGGAGUAGGAGUGGGUGCGGUAGGUGGGGUCACUGCUGGUGUCUCAAAUAUCACUAAUAUGGUCAACCAGUCUUCUGACCGCAACGCAAUUCGAAGCUUCACAAAAGAGUUUGAACAGAAAUUUAAUGCAGUUGCCACCUGGCACCAGGAGAUUAGCUACAGCUUACAGUCAACCAUGAGUGAAUCAGCUGACAUAACUGACAAUAAGGAUAGUGAGUUAAAUGAAAACAACACGUUACAGCUUGGCCAGGGCCUGAGUUGCAUUUCUGAAGCAGUGCGACUAGGUAGAACGGUGGCCAUCGGCAGAACUGCAGCGCAAACAUCCAGGGUGGUACGCCUGGCAGAGGUAGCAACAGGUGUGUUAUCUGGCUCAUUUGUGGCAGUUGAUGUCUUCUUUAUUGCCAUGGAUGCAAAAGAGUUACACCACAUCAGACAGGCAAAGACAGCAGAGGAAAAAGGUGGAAAUGUGUCUGACAAAUCAGAGACACAGGACCAGCCUUCCCAAAAUACCACUUCAAUCAGAUCUGAGAUCAUGAAAUUUGUUCAUUCAAUCAGGCAAGCAGCAGACAAAUUGCAGAAAAUCUUGGAUGAGUUGAAAAGCAGCAUCUUACUUAGUCUUUCACUUGAGGAUGACAGCGAGCUGGAAUGGCAAAAUAUGGAAUCAAUGUAA